AAUCGCCCGAUGUGAGUGAAAGGCUUGUUUGUCUUCGAGGCUGCUGGAAAGUGUCCGCUCUUCCUGUCAGGAUGGACCCGCUACCAGCGCCCCGCGGGGAGACCUCGUCGUUGCAGAAGAUCGAGGUGGAUGCCGCCCAGAUGGCCUCCGCGGACGUCCACGAGGCGAAUCUCACCGAAACCGUCGUCGCGGUGGAGAACGACGUGUCUCAGUCCGAGUACGAGUCCGAUAGCGACGCUUCGGGCGACGAGUGGGAGACCCAGUCUCUCUACGAGGACGCCAUCCAGGUUCUUCGCGAUGAUCAGCUGCGCGAUGGAGUCCCCGAUGCUUGCACCUUGGAAGAGGCCGUCGCCUUUCGAAAUCGGCUCCAUGAAAUCGGCAAGGCCGCCUUUGUCGGCGAGACCAUUGGCCAGGAUGCCGUGACCGCGAAGAAGCUCUGCACCGCGUUCGGCAUCUUGCCCCCGUCGUUCCUCGAGGGCGCGCCCGACGAGGCCUAUCAUCCUCUGCUAGCGAUUGCGAUCUCGCGGGAGUUCUCCAGACGCCAGAAACUGCCCCAGUACAAUACGGUGGAGGAUGCGGUCCGAUUGCUGCAAGAAUCCAAGAAUAUCGUCGUGCUGACGGGUGCCGGCAUUUCUACGAGUCUCGGUAUUCCGGACUUCCGAUCGAAAGACACUGGACUCUACUCGCAAUUGGAGCAUCUCGGCCUGAACGACCCGCAGGAGGUUUUUGACAUCCAGGUCUUUCGCGAGGAUCCCAGUAUCUUCUUCUCGAUCGCAAAGGACAUCCUACCUACUGAGAAGAAAUACUCGCCGACCCACGGGUUCAUUCGGCUGCUGCAGGACAAGGGAAAGCUCCUCACCAACUACACCCAGAACAUCGACAACAUCGAGGCCAAUGCAGGUGUGCUUCCCGAAAGGAUUGUCCAAUGCCAUGGUUCUUUUGCGUCCGCCACGUGCGUCAAAUGCAAGUACCAGGUCCAGGGCGAUGCAAUCUUCGACGAGAUCAAAAAGGGGGCCAUCCCUGAAUGUACGGUGUGCCGCCAGAAGAUCGCCGAGGAUGCCAUGAAGACACAGGGCAUGAAGCGCAAGCGCAGCACCAACGGAACCCAGAAAAGCCGCAAGAACGAGGGCGAGGACAGCUCGGAAGAGGAGGAUUAUGAGAUUCCCACUCCGGGUGUGAUGAAGCCCGACAUCACCUUCUUCGGCGAGGAUCUUCCGGACGAGUUCGGCCGUCGCCUACUCCAUCAUGAUCGUGACCAGGUGGAUCUGGUGAUUGUCAUUGGGACCUCGUUGAAGGUGGCUCCUGUGGCGGAAGUGCCGGGAGUGCUGCCUCGCACCGUUCCCCAGAUCUACAUUUCUCGAACCCCUGUAUCGCACACGGGCUUCGAUAUCGACCUGUUAGGGGACUGCGACGUGGUGGUGUCGGAGCUUUCUCGCCGAGCUGGCUGGGAGUUGAAGCACGAGAUGAUUCCCCCAGGCGAGACGGUCGAGACGCGUAUCGAUCGAGAUCCAACGACUCAAUCUUCAGGGCUGCAGUCCGGCCUAGUGGACGCAAUCGCCAUGGAAUACCUGAUCCGCUUCGCUCAAGCGCACGAGACCUUCCGGCGGCCGGAGAUUGAAGCCCUGGCGUCUCUGGCCGGCAUUGAGUUGGAGAUCCUAUCUUAUGACCAGUUUUCACCAUAUUGCAUUAUCAGAAUCCCUGAUGAAGCAGCUGCGAGAAAGCUCGUCUCGCGCAGCAUCCUGGUCAAGGAUAUUUUCGAGCUCUGGGGCCACGGCGCCAACUACGAUGAAGUGCACGCCGACGUCCGCAGGCGGACGCAGCACCGCUGGAGCGAGUUCAAGGAGGGCUCGUUCCGCUUCAGUUUCGAGACCUUCAGCGGCAAACGCAGCAUGGAGGAGAGACGCAGCAUCAUCCAGUCCUUCUCCUUCAUGGCCUUCACGGGCCCCAUCCGCAUGAAGAACCCGGACAAUGACUUCUGGGUCCACGAGGACUAUCUCUCGGCCGUGGAAUCCGCCGUGAAGUAUCCAGAUGCGCCGCGCCCGGAGAAGCUGGACCUGGACCCCAAGCAUAUUUACUUCGGCCGUUGGAUUGCAGACAGCCAUCGGGACAUCAUCAACCGGUAUGAUCUGAAAAAGCGUCGCUAUAUCAGCACAACGUCCAUGGAUGCCGAGCUGAGUCUCGUCACGGCCAACAUGGCGCAUGCGGACCCCGGGAGACUCUUCUACGACCCGUUCGUGGGGACGGGGAGUUUCUGUGUGGCGGCAGCGCACUUCGGAGCCUUGACAUGCGGUUCGGAUAUUGACCCGCGCAGUUUUCGCGGCCGAGAGAGAAAGAAAGGGGAUCCGAUUGGGGUGGCGACGAACUUUAAGCAGUAUGGGACGACGAGCAAAUUCGUGGAUGCGUUCACGUCGGAUCUGACGAAUACGCCCCUGCUCAAACGCCCGUUUUUGGACGGCAUCAUUUGUGAUCCGCCUUACGGCGUGCGCGAGGGCCUUCGGGUUCUGGGAACUCGCGAUGGGCGUGGCAAGGAAGAGGUGGUCAUUGACGGUGUACCGGCUCAUUAUCGACCAGGUUACAUCGCUCCCAAGAAACCGUACGGUUUCGAGGCAAUGCUGCACGAUAUCUUGGAGUUCGCCUCGCAGACCCUCGUUACAGACGGGCGAAUGUGCAUGUGGAUGCCGACAUCUGGUGACGAGGACGUGAAGCUGAUGAUUCCGAUGCACGAGAACCUGGAGGUCGUCAGUGUCUCGGUGCAACCGUUCAACAACUGGGCCCGUCGACUUAUCACCUACCGAAGGCUCCCAGAAGGCCAAGUCUCGGACGUAUCGCUCGGGCGACAGAAGGGCGAUGACCAGGGAAUCAGCGCCGACGACCUGAACGCCUUUAGACGAAAGUAUUUCGCGAGGAACAAGACGGGAGCCGAAAGCCCCGCAACGCAAUGAAGAUAUGAAUGAAACGAUGAAAAUAAGCUGUACUGCAUGAGAUAUAGAAGCAAUCCAAAAUAU